UUAUUAGAAAAUAUAAAAUGUUUAACGAAAAGAAUUAUAUAGAAUCAAAUAUGAUGGCAUUUAAUUUGAUAUUAUUUAUUUCUAAAUAAUGCGAAAAAUAUUUUCGUCAUUCUAAAAAUAAACUCUUGUUAUUUUUUAAAUUUUUAUUUUAUUUUAUACUUAAGUAUAGCUUUUGAUGUAUAAAGAAAUCAUUGUAUUAUCUUUUAUUUUGAAUGCUGCAAUUUUCGAGGGUUGUUACAAGCUGGAAGGAUCGAUGAACUGUAGAAAAUACUUACACAAUAUUAUAAACCAACAAGUUUCAAUCGUAGGGAGGAAAAUGUAUAUGUGUUGAAUGGGUGGUACAUUUAUACAACACAAACAUAUACUGAUGUGUUCAACACAUGGCAAAUGAAAUGAUCAUUCUGAAUGUCGAAAAGACCCACCAAAUUUUCGUCGACAUUCGAUGGAACAAGACGUUAUUUUUUGAGCUCUCUAAUACUUGAAAAUUAUUUAAAAUAUAUUUAUUAAUUCUUUUUUUCAUAGGAAAUUGGUUAUUCAAAUAAUUAUACACAGGUAUAAUUAAAAAUUUUAAUUAAUUUUUAAAAUAAGAACAGUUUAACAGUGUAAUAGUGAAAAGUUUAAAUUAUGGCGGUAGAAUCUACAUCUGGCUAUGAUGACAUUGGAGGUGAUAAAAAGAAAUCACGUUUUACAAUACCCAUGAGAUAUAUUAUGGCAGCAAUGGGCUCAAUGGGUCUUGCAAUUAUUUAUGGAUUCAAGGUCAAUGCAAGUAUUGCAAUUGUUGCAAUGGUUAAUCAUACUGCUGUUGAUAAAAAAUCAAAUACAACAAAAAAUAUUCAAGAUGGUCCAUUUGAUUGGAAUGAAACUAUACAAGGAUAUAUACUGGGAACUUAUUUUGCUGGAUAUUUAGUAUCAAUGAUUCCAAGUGGACAAUUAGCUGAAAAAGUAUCAGCAAAAUGGGUCAUGAAUGUUGCAGUUUUAGCUAAUAUUGUUGCAUCAUUGUUAAGUCCAUUUGCAGCUAAUUUUCAUUGGAUGGGUUUUGCAUUAAUGAGAUUUAUACAAGGACUUGGUGGAGGUGCUAGUUUUCCUUGUAUGCACGUUAUGAUUGCAGCAUGGUCACCAACAAAAGAACGUAAUAUUAUUGCAUCAAUUAUUUAUGCUGGUACAGCACUUGGUACAGCAAUUGCUAUUAUUUGUACUGGUGUUAUUGCUGAUAAAAUGGGAUGGCAAGCAAUUUUUUAUGUUGAGGGUAGUGUUUGUCUUAUUUGGUGUGCAGCUUGGAUUUUUAUUGCUGAUUCACCACAACAACAAAAAUUAUUUAUAACUAAAGAAGAAAAAAAAUAUAUUCUUAAUUCAAUUGGAAAAUCUGAGCAUCAAGAUGAGAAUAUUGCAUUUCCUUGGAAAGAAGUAGCUAAGUCAAAGCCAUUUUGGGCAAUUUUUAUUGCUCAUUUUUGUAGUAAUUGUGGAUUUUACAUGCUGUUAACUUUAUUGCCUUCAUACAUGGCAACAGUUUUAAAUUUCAAAUUAAAAGAUAAUGCAGCAUUAUCAGCAUUACCAUAUAUUUCCAUGUGGCUUUUUACAAUGAUAUGUAGUAAUAUCUUGGCAGUAUUUCAAAAGAAAGGAUGUAUUACCAUGACAAUGUCCAGAAAAAUUGGAACAAUUUGUGCAUCACUUGUACCGAUGAUUUGUUUAAUGGUUGUUUCUUAUGCUGAUCAAUUUGGAGCUGUUGUUCUUAUGACCAUAGCUCUUACAUUUAUUGGUGGUAUGUACAGUGGUUUUUUGGCAAAUCACAUUGACAUUGCACCUAAUUUUGCUGGCACACUUGUUGCACUUACAAAUGUUUUUGCAACAAUACCUGGCGUUGUUAUACCAAUUGUAGUUGGAAAAUUAACUCAUUCUGCCAAAACUUAUGAAGAAAAAAUAUUCACAUGGAGGAUGGUAUUUUUUACCAUUUCAAUAUUCUACGUUAUUGAGAUUAUAUUUUAUUGCAUUUGGGGCUCAGCUGAUGAACAACCGUGGAACAAGUCAAAUAAAAAAUAUGAAUCAAAUCAAGAAAUACCUUUAGAUAAAAGUAAUGACAAUUAGAUUUAAAAUGUAACUAAAGUAUUGAGUUUUCUUAUUUAAAUUCGUCGAUUACAUCUAUAAUACAUAUUAAAACAAAAAAAAAAAAAACAAUACUUAUAUAAGAUAAUAAAAAAAUAAUAUUCAAGUGCUAUGUACUAGUUUUAAAAAUAAUGAAUUAAAGUUUUAUAGAUAAAAAUAA